CAUUGGCUCUUCAUUGAAGCAUAGUUUGAUACUAUGGAGCUCCCAGCCAACAUACAGGAGGUACCUCAAGGGAAAAGGAGACCUACAAAGUCCAUUUCCAACCUUCCCUUCCUUCGCUACACCACUCUAACCUCCAUUAUCAUUGCCGUUGACUCUCUGCUCUCUAUUUCUUUAUGGAUUGCUGGUGGUGAUAGCUCUUAUAUGGAGAAUAACGUGGAACACUUCUCUAUAUACGACUCUACCUUUGAUCUGGCCUGUAUAGCAGCUGUGAAAGGGCCUCUACUGAUUGCUUGUGUUUAUUAUUUAGAACAGUACACACUGACAGCAGCUUCUACUAUAAUAAGAUCUAAGGUUUCUUCCAGUCAGCGAUUAGCAAAAACCUGUCAAGUACUGUUCAUGUUACUCUCUCUAAUGUCGCUAGCUUAUGCCCUCACUAAAGGAACUCUGAUACUACUGAAGGACUCUGAAACAUCUCUUCACAUUACGUACAAGAUACUCUGUAUAGUGGGUGUGGUUAGCCCCACCCUAGAGAUAAUCCUGGGUCUUGCAAGUUUUUAUUUCAUGAGACGACUCAUUCACGUUUCAAGACUGAGACUGAUACUGGAUGAGAAUGAGAAUGAGUCUGGAGAGUCUAAGAAAAAGAAAGCCGAUUUAAAGCGACUCAUCAAACUUGCCAUACCUGAAUAUCCUCUUAUAUCUCUUGGAUUGGUAAUGCUCCUGAUUUCUAACUCAAUUCAAGGAAUUAUUCCUUAUAUAUUUGGAUACGUCAUUGAUUUGGCUGUUAAGAACCAAACAUUAUGUCAAGAGAUAUCAAGUGGUGUCAUUAAUGUCACUGGCCCAGUACCACACUGUAGCUUAUGGUUGAUGAGUAGAGAGGUGCUCGUUCUGGUUGGUUUGUUUCUUGUAGUGUCAGUGGCUUCAAUGUUUAGAGCUAUCUGCUUUACAUUAGCUGGGGAGAGAUUUGUGGCAAGGAUAAGGAAAAACUUAUUUGCUGCAAUAUUAAGACAAGAAAUGGGAUUCUUUGAUACAAACAGAACUGGUGAGCUUACCAAUAGACUAGCCUCAGACACUGCUGUCAUUCAAAGUGCUGUCACUGAGAAUGUCUCAAUAUUAGCUCGUUACACGCUACAACUGAUCAUAUCAAUUGGUGUCAUGUUUUGGAUUAAUGCACGUCUCACUGCCGUCCUACUCUCAGUCUUCCCUCUCAUUUCAAUAGCAGCUGUUUAUUAUGGUAGGAAGCUUAAAGAUUUAAGGAAGAAGUAUCAGGAUAAGUUAGCUCUGGCUAGCAGUACAGCUGAAGAGAGUAUCAGUAACAUUAGGACUGUGAGAGCUUUUACUAACGAGAUGAAACUAAUGACUAGUUAUAAUGAGGACAUUGAGAGGAGCUAUAGUCUAGGGAAGGUGAUAUCAUUCCUUAUUGGAGGAUUCUCUGGAGUUGUAUUUAUACUUAUCUAUAAUGCUUUGUGUUUGAUAUUGUGGUAUGGUGGAUAUCUAGUGUAUCAUCAGAAGCUAUCAUCAGGAGAAUUAACAGCUCUUAUGUUAUAUACACUAACUCUGGCUAUGUCUUUUGCUUUCAUUUCAAACGUUUACGGUGAAUUCAUGCAGGCUGUUGGAGCAAGCAUAAGAAUAUUUGAACUGAUGGACAGAAUUCCUUUGAUUCAAGAUGGAGCAUUAGUGAGACCAUCUUUUGAAGGAGAAAUUCUCUUCAAAAAUGUCUAUUUCACAUAUCCCUCUCGUCCAGAUGAGCCCGUACUCAAGGGUGUUAAUUUUAGUGUGAGGCCAGGGGAGAUGGUAGCACUGGUUGGUCCAUCAGGUGGUGGUAAAUCAACAAUUGUUAAUCUUAUUGAGCACUUUUAUGAUUUAACUGAUGGAAAUAUUCUAAUAAGUGGUCUUAAUGUUAAAGAUCUUGAUCCCUCCUGGUAUAGGAGACACAUUGGUAUUGUUAAUCAAGAGCCUGUACUAUUUGCCACGACAAUAAAGGACAAUAUUGCAUUCGGGAAAGAAAACGCAACUCAAGAAGAGAUUGAAGCAGCUGCUCUUCAGGCCAAUGCACACGAUUUCAUAAUGUCCUUUGAGGAGAAUUACAAGACACUAGUUGGUGAGAGAGGAGUUAGACUGUCCGGUGGUCAGAAGCAGCGUGUAGCCAUUGCCCGAGCUUUAUUACUAAAUCCAAAGAUACUUCUACUGGACGAAGCUACGAGUGCGUUGGAUGCUGAGAGUGAGUUUCUAGUUCAGGAAGCCAUUGAUCGUGCAAUGAUAGGCAGGACUGUGCUGGUAAUAGCUCAUAGACUCUCAACUGUGAGGAAUGCAUCAAAGGUCCUAGUCCUCAACGAAGGUUUUAUAGUUGAGGAAGGGACACACGAUGAGCUCCUUUCAUUUGAUGGCAUUUACAAGAAACUAGUCCUGCAUCAAUUGACAGCUGGAGAAGGAGAGGGACAAAGAAGAAAUAAUAAUAAUAUUUAAUGUAUCAUAUUUUUAAUCCAACAUUGCAAUAAAGUAAAGAAUAGAAAGAGUCUAUAUAUUUAUUUAUUUUUAUGCCACCAAUUUAGAGUCCUAGA